CUGCCGUCAGCCUCGCACCAGUUGAGUAGCUGUCACACCUCGGUCAGAAUGUGUUUUCCUGUUCUCUGUCUUUUUAACUUAAUUUAUUUAGUACAAACCAAAGCGCUUCCCUUUCCCGGAACGAGAACGUGCACGCAUACAAAUUACCGUAAAGCUCAAAAUAUGUGAGCACGCGGAAAAUACGUAGUAUGUAGUUAUUACUUACGUUUGUACGUAGUUUGUAGUAAUUUAAUGAGAUUAUGUUUUGAAUUCUAAAAUACAGGAAGAGAUCAAUUCCGUGGUCGUUGCAUUUAAAAAAAAUACUGGCGAAAUGUAAAUGGAGCCGCUGUACGUAACAUUACGGUAUUGAACAAUUUCCCCCCACCUCUCCACCCUUUCCCAGUGUUGUACAGUCAUGGAGUCGAAAAGAGAGAUAAAGACGUGCCUUCAGAACGAAGAAGACUCACUAAAAUUGAACUAAUAAAGAGAAGUUAAAUGCGAAAUCUAUUUGAAUAAAUGAAUAAAUAAAAUCAUACAGCCUAGUUAAAACAAACUGAUUAGAAAACUUCCUCCCUACAUUCGACCAUUAAAAAAAAGAAAGAAAAACGACUUUUUUUCUUUGGUUGUGUGGUUAUGUUUUAUUAUGUUAUAGCUGGACAUAUUAAAGCCAUUUUAAAGCUUCUUGUCCAAUAAAGACCACUCAACUACAGUAAACUUAAAAAAGUGAUGAAAUUUUGUUGAAAUCAAAAUUGAUGACAUUCAGUAGUUAACAUAUCAAUUUCAAAUGUAAGAAACUCAGAAGAGUGCAUUUAUUUCUAAGACUUUUUGUGUAAUCAGUAGAAAUGUCACCAACAAGAGGGUCACUGUGAUGUGACCAUGUGUUGAAAUACAACGUGCGAAGGGCUGUCCUUCAAUAGCUCUGCUGCAAAUCUCUGUACUUAGAUUAUUAGUGGUCAUCAGCUAUAUUAUAUUCCACAGACAUGUUUUGUAAGUCCACAUGUCAUCUUCUUCAGAAGAGAAAGUGUUUCCCCAACAAGCAGACAUGGUUAAAAACAAAACAAUGAGAUUUUUACAUUUCAUCCAUUAAUGAACACAUUGAAUACAUUAUAAGAAAUGUGACUUGGUAUAGAUUUUUAAUUUUCUAACUUAACUUCUUUGUAAAGUCUAAAGUGUAGUUUCGGAAAAUCUGAUGUGGUCUUGCGCCUAUUUGUGGGCCUGCUAUAAAUAGGGCACUUCUGGCAACACAUGCAUGUCUAUGAUAGGCGGUUACAGAUUUUCCUCACAGAUUCUGGCUCCAAAGCAACACUGACAACAUCUUAAUGGUAAGUUGAACAAUUUAACAAGAUUAAUGCUGACUAAGAAACACUUUAACUAUGAUCUUAUUACAUACAAAUAAAACAAUAGAUCUUAUGCUUAUGUCUAACAACUAACAGCUCUUCCACAAACCAAUAGCAGAUAGCAGACACUAUUUAUAACUUGCUUCAGUGCAAGAGCUUUGCUUGGUCAGAAAGGACAGCCAUUUACCCUGAAGUCUAUGUCUGAGUUUUAUACGAACAAAAUUACCCAGAGAGUAUUUUCAUGAGUUCCUGCAGGUCUUGUCAUUAUUCUGAAGUAGUUCUUUUUUAUUCCACAGGAGCUUUUACAUGGACGGAUCCAUUAAGUUUGAGCCUUGGAUGUGAACUGGGAACCUUUUUUUUCUUUUCUUUUUUUUUUUUUUUUUUUUUUUUUUGUGGUUUUGGGCUGUGGGUGAAAAGGUUAUCUUGGAUUUAAUAUAUUUUAAGUAAACUGCCUUAGUGGACAAUGACUUCCAGGAGGCCAAUGACUCGAUCUUAUUCUGGCAAUGGGAGGACAAGCAGCUUCAGUGAGGAGGAGAGCAGCUCUUCCAAUGGCCGUUCUGAGAGCCGCAACACUUACCUCUCAAAUGUUAGGCCUGAAAACAGGUAUUCACACUACAGACCAACGAGGAGCACAUUGUGCAGCGUCAUGGCUCAGCUGACUGAGGACAUCCAGCCAUCUUUUGAGACCACUCUGAAAUCAAAGGCAGUGUCAGAAAACUGUAAUGUGAAAUUCACCUGUGUUGUAUCAGGUUACCCAGCGCCAGAACUGAAAUGGUAUAAAGAUGAUAUGGAAAUGGACCGCUACUGUGGACUCCCAAAAUAUGAAAUUCGUCGCAAUGGAAAAACCCAUACUCUUCAUAUUUACAAUUGCACAUUGGAUGAUGCAGCCAUCUAUCAAGUUUCUGCCAGCAAUAGCAAAGGCAUUGUCUCCUGCUCUGGUGUUCUGGAAGUUGGUACCAUGAGUGAGUACCAGAUCCACCAGCGGUUCUUUGCUAAACUCAAGCAGAAGGCAGAGAAGAAGAAGAAAGACAUGGAGGAACACUCCAAGAAGGAGGGUAAAGAAAAUAUUCAGAAAGAAGAACUGCGGAGUGGCCUAGAACAUCCUCAGAGGAAACGCUCUGUCGCACCACCCGGGGAGAGGCAAGUGGUCAAAAAGCCCAUGAUUGUGGAACAGCCGGGAGAAGCUGCGGAAUCCAAUGGAAUUAGCUCAGCAGUCAAGGAGGCAGAUCCUUUGACAUCUACGAGGGGCUUGUCAGAGAAUGAGAUUUCUUCAUCGCAGGACACUCUGGCAAAAAAGAGAAUUAAAAUGUCAAAUGGUGUAGGUACAGGGGUUGCUAGCAGCAGUAACAGCAACAGUAGCAGCAAAAGUCACGUCAUGGGGAAUGGAGGGGAAAACUGUUACGACGGAGGAAUCAGUUUAGCGCAGUUUUUGGCAGAAACUCUCCAGUCUCAAGCUGCUGAGGAAAAACAGGGCUCUCCUCGAGAAGAGCACCCUAAAGAGAUGGAUGCAGCUGUUUUAGGAGAUAGUAAACUAAAAGAUCAAGAGGAUGUACAUAAAAAGUUAGAAGAACAGGAAAAAGCAUUACAUGAAACAUGUGAGAAAGAGCAAAGAAAAGAAGUGGAAGUGGCCACAGAAAGAGAGAAAGAAAGGGAAAAGCAACUGGAAUUAGUGCAUACAACAAACACUCACGGCAAACAGAGCUCAGAAGUCAAACAUCACAGCAAGGGUCAUAAGGAUCAUGACCACCUCAACAUCCAGGCCUCCAUCUCCUCUAUGCUCCACACCGUUAAAGACUUCUUGUUUGGUAAAAAUAAGAAGGACUGUCAUGAUCACUCUGAAAAUGAAGACAAAGAUUUUGACCCAUUAUAUACUAAAACACAAUCCCCUCAAAUGGACAUGCCACCAUCAUUUCAGCCAUUAUACACAGAACAUAAUCCAGAGAUAUGUGAGCAGCUCACAGAGGAAGUUGUGCCCAUGGAAACAGAUAAAACCGAGGAGCCCACAGAAACUGUUAAUAAAGAGCAGCUGUCAAUGUCUCUGGAGCCACUUAAAGACACUGUUCUACAUGCAACAGAUUAUAAAUUUCCACCUAAGAAUGCAGAGGAAUCCACAAGGCGGAAUGUGGUGGAAACUGAUGAUGCUGCAGAGGCCAUGGAGACAAAAGAGCCAGACAGCAGCAGGGCAGGUGUAGGCGAGUCAUUAUCUGGGCCUCAAGUUCACACUGAGGUUGAAGAGAAAAACUCUGAUGUAGUUCCUGCCAUCCAAGAGGUUCCUACAAAACAGCAGGAGUCAGAUUGCCUGGUGGCCCUACAACAAUCUAAUAACCAGAAAGAAAAAGAUGGGGUUUCACCAGGGGAAGAUGAGUGUGUCUUGCCACAAGCUCAUGCUCCAGCUCAUGAAGAAUACCCUUUCACAUCUACCUUUAAUAAGUCAGAAGCAUGCUUGACUCCCCCCCACAGUGUUAUCUCAGCCCCAGAUAACCAUAACCUUGGAGAAACAUUCAGCAAGGAGAUAAUUGCAGAAAAGGCAAGCAAAGAAGGAGGACCUGACACAGGAAAGGGCCAUUUCUCUAACAAGUUAUGUGAGGAAGAGAAAGCUGAAGUGAAAUUCCAUAAACACCCAUGCUCAGAUAUAAACAGAUCUGAGCUUACCAAAUUAUCAGCAUCUUCAUUGGAAGACAGAACGGAGCUAUAUAAAUCUAAAACACCAGAUCAGGUGUUUUCUCCCUUUUCUGCGGUGGUUGCAUGCAGCACACAGACAGAUCAUGUAAAAGAAGAAACCAAAUGUACCUCACCGAGUCGGAAAAUGAAUGUAGGAUUUCCACCCACUUUGGUCACAGAAGGGUUAGAGAACAGUGACCUAAAAAUGCAGCAUAAAUGCAGUCUUUCUGAAGUUGGGGAAAUCACAGAAGCCCACAGUGGUAAAGUAACUUUUAGCCACAGUGAAGGGGACAGGUUAAAAGAGGGGCUGAAUUCAGCCAUAGGGAAAAAUUUAGAAAGAAAUUUAUGUAAUAUUUUAAAGACACAAGAGCAAGCAACAGUAGAAGUUGAAAGCAGUGAGAGAAAUGAGGCUUCACAAUACACACCAGGGAAUAUAGAAGAAUUAGACAAAUCAAAGACACUCGCAGAAUCUGAAAGCAAUGGAAGUGGUGCAAAUGUUCUGGAAAAAGGCAGUAAAGUUUCCUAUCAAGACAGUAACUGUCCCUUAGAGAAUAUUCCCUCAAUCCAAAUAUCUACUACUGAAGACAUUGCAGAUGUUAAACCAGAUUUUAACACAAAUGAAACUUUUAUAACCCCUAAAGUUGAAAUAAUGGAACCUGAGCUUAAAGAGUGCACAUUGCCACUAACUAUUUUGGCACUAAACAAACCAGAGUCAAAAACCUUGCAAAAACAUGAUGUAACUCAUGAGUCAAAGAUAAGAAUCAACGGUGACAGCAUGGCUGAUUCUCCAGGCUUGUUCCCCACACAGAAAGAAAUGCUGAAUAAUGUUGACAUUUCACCUACAAAGAAAGAAACGGAAGUUGCUCAAGAAAAGCUUGAGCAGCCGUCGCCACACCUGCAAAGCAGUGAACAGCUUCCUCAGUUGGACAAUAUAUCGAUUCCUAUUAUAAAUGUUUCUUGUGAAGAAAUGUUUCAUGACAAGGAGGACAACGCAUUCAUGAACAGCAAUGUGUCAUGUCCACAGCAGGCUUCUGAAACUCCAAUGGUGCCUAUUUUUGUGGUCCCUCCAAUUUCAGUCAUAUGUCAUAAAAAUGAUUCUGAACCUAAACUGCCUACUAACAUCGAGUGGACAGAAACAGAAACUCCAGCUGGCACGCAAAGGGGAACAAAGAAGGGUGUUGACAAAAGCAUGACCACUAACCCUGAGAUUACUAAAAGAAGUGAUGACUUUGAGGAAAUGUCUGAAAAAAGUAUAAAAGAAAACACCCCAACUGUGCUAUAUGAUGCUCUCAAACCAAAAGUUGACGACAGUGUGCCAUCACUCAGUAAAUCAACCGAAGACUCGACUAUCCCUGAAACCUCCAAGCCAAAAUCCAUAAAAGAUGCCAAAAUUGAGAGUUCUAUGUCUAUUGAAGAUUUCCUCAAAAGUAGACCUUCUGCUGAGAGACUCUGCUCCAAACCUCCAACAUAUCCAUCACUGAGUCCAGCCAGUCUCCGCAAAUUUAUGUCCAAAGCCGCCCCAGAUUCGGACAAUGAGACAGUAACAACUGCCCCAGUAAUUUCUAUGGGCCAGAGUGACAAAGCAGAAGAAGAUCUCAGUGGUGGCUCAACACCAACAUCUUCUCUCUCCUGUGAAAGCAGUCCCCGGCUGAAGCGCAGAGACAGUUUGACACUCAUACGGUCUGCCACGCCUGAGGAGUUGGCAUCUGGAGCUCGGCGCAAAAUUUUCAUCCCUAAGUCUAAAGAAGACAUAGAGGGAACAAUGGUUGGUGUGUUGGAAGCCAAGAAGGAGACCCCCUACAUGUCACCCAGCCAGGCACGCAGAGCGGCAUUACUACAGGCUUCCACGGGACAAAACACCCCUCCAAUGGAGAGGCGCUCGCCACUGCUGAGUCGCAGAAAGGCUACAUUGGAGGUGCCAAAGGUCAUGGAGGAGACUCCUUCAGGAGAACCAGCCAGCACCAAAAAAGAAGAGAAACCAACUGAAAAGAAAGCAGAUCCUCUUAAAGCUCCUCAGGUUAUCCGUAAGAUCAGGGGAGAACCAUUCCCAGAUGCUUCUGGACACCUGAAGCUGUGGUGCCAGUUCUUCAAUGUUCUCGGUGACUCCACCAUUAAGUGGUACAAAGAUGAGGAGGAAAUACUAGAGGUGAAAAGAAGUGGAGGGGAUGAAAGCCAAGUAGCACUGGCUAUUGUUCUUGCAUCCAGCCAGGACUGUGGUGUGUAUGGCUGUACAAUCAAUAAUGAAUAUGGGACUGACACGACUGACUACCUGCUCAGCACAGACAUUCUGUCUGAAAUUUUGCUUAAAGACGACUUGGAAGUUGGAGAGGAGAUAGAGAUGACCCCACUGUUGUUCGCCAAAGGCCUGGCAGACUGCGGCAGCUGGGGUGAAAAGUACUUUGGCCGCAUUUUUACUGAGACGCUGCACAUGGGGGAUGGCUGCACUCACAAAGCCAGCAGGGUGAAGGUGAUCUAUGGCCUGGAUCCUGUCUUUGAGUCUGGUAGCACUUGUAUCAUCAAAGUUCAAAACCCCAUCGCCUACGGGACCAAACAGGAGAGCAACCUUGCAGAGAGAAAUCUGGAUAUUACCAAGCAAGAAUGCAAAGUCCAAAAUAUGAUCAGAGAAUACUGUAAAAUAUUUGCGGCCGAAGCAAGAGUUAUUGAAAAUUUUGGCUUUUCAUUGGAAGUGAUUCCUCGUUAUCUGAUGUAUCGGCCGGCAAAAUCUGUGCCGUAUGCCACAGUUGAAGCUGAUCUUACUGGCAUCUUUGUUAAGUAUUGCACAAUGGAUCCCAAAGGCAAGCUGAGUACACAAAGCGUUUCCGAGGUGGAGCAGAAAUGCUGCACCUUCCAGCACUGGAUCCAUCAGUGGACACAUGGCAAUUUACUGGUCACUCAGCUUGAGGGUGUUGAAACCAGGAUUACAAACAUUAAAGUUGUGACCAAGUCAAAAGGAUACCAAGGACUAACCGAAUGUGGCUCUCCUGAAGUAUUUGAUCAGUUCCUGACACUCCAUCAAUGCAACUACUACUGUGGGCUUCUUGGUCUUCGCCCACUGAAAACUACAGAGAGUCUGCAGCAGCCCAAGAUAAAGGGCUCCAGAAGUCCCCUGCUCAACCGCAAGCUGGGCUCUAACAGCCCACAGCUCCAACGAAAAGGACAAAGCCCUCAGAUGUCUAGAAAGGCAAAUUCUAGCCCAAAGAUGGUAAGAAAAGUUCAGGAGACAGAAGACAGUAAGUCAGAUGACAAAUCCAACCCUGCAGAAAGUCUUUCUGUUGUUGAGAUAAGGUAGGAAAUAAAGUUUCUUUGAAUUUUGGCAUUGAUGGAUUAGUUAUUCCUGUGUUAUUUCCAGACGUUAAAGGCAACACGGCCGUUAAGAGUUAUGAGAACAGUCAUUUGUUGACAUGAUUUGUCAUUUGAAAAUACUGUGAUUUUCUGUUGCCUAAGACCUCCAAGUCCAAAUAACACUUGGCCUCAUUUGAACCGCCAUGAAACUAUAACUUGCCCAAGAAUCUUAUCAACUCCAUGAGUGUACAAACAACCCUCAAUAUCAAUAUUUGCCAAAUAAAUCAAAGGAAGACGUCAGCAUUUGUAUGUUUUAAAUUAAGCAUGUAGAAUGUACAUGACCACAGUGACAUAAUAUAGACAUGUAUUUUUAGUAAGAAGGAUUUUUAGUAAACACUGCAUGUUCAUCUGUGAUGUACAGAAUGUGUGGAGAGUAAAAUGGUUUAUUUCAGAGAAAAUAUUUUUUGUUCGGCAUGUCAAUGCCUUUGCAUUUCUUUACACAGUACAGUUGAGCUCAGUGCUGUGGAAUAACAGCACAAUUCAGUUAAAAAUGUUUGUGUGCACUUUCAUUUUGACUUUUUGCUGUAGAUCUUUAGUAGUUGGUGUCUAUUUAUUACAGAGGUUAUCUGUAUAUUUAAUCACAGACAUGUGAUUAUGGUGUUUCAGGUUAUAUUCUGAUGAGUAGAGCUGGCAAAGCAAUGAGCAACUAGGAAAUUACCAAUAAAAGCUUGAUUUAUUGUGGGUUCCUGCUUCCAAAUACUCACAAAGUGUCUUCAAAGAAAACAAGCUGUUGGAUAUUUAACAAAAUUACAGUCUAAUCUAUUUAACAAAUGACUAAAUUUAGCUGAGAGAUAAAAGGAUUUUUGAUAGUUUUUACAGUUGUUCAGCAGAAAUCAGAUUUUAUGUGUGCUAUGAGGCCAGCAUGGACAUACUAUAUGUGUACAUGGAGGUUGGAGUAAGACUGAAAUUUGCUUAGUUAUCUGGUGUCUUUGUACAUGGUUAAAUUCCAACUGAGGACAUGUCCCUUUUACAAAUAAC